AUGGUGGGUGAUAUCUGUUGUGACAUCGUGCCUGCGCCGUACGGCCUUAAGCUGCGAUACUUUAUUCUUAACUACCAAACUGAAAGCUCUCCUGCCUCUGUGUCGUGGGGCUCCGGUACAGCCUGGAGAAGAAAGACCCUCAGUGUGCAGGAGGCUCAGAGGAGGUGGGCCGCUCAGCUGACAGGACGGGUGGAGGGAGGAGACGGAGCAACCUGGGUGUUCCAUGAGAGCGGACCUCAGCACUGUUUUGCUUUCUAA